AGUGAUGAAUGUUUGUAAUUUCGAAGGAUAACAACAAAAUUUAAUUAAGCUGAAUUUAGGUAAGUUAAGUGCGGGAACUCGCAUUUUUGGCCUCUCUUACAAACGUUCUUACAAAUUGUUCACAAGGAUUUGUUAGUUUAUUUUGGAUCAAAUGUAAAUUUCCGGCUAGUUCCCUCCCUGACUUGAUACAUAGUUUAACUAACAAGUUAUCGUACCCCAUAAAACAACAAAUUACAAGCAAUGGACAGCGACAUCUGCCGGACGUGCCUGCUGCGGCAUCCGUCCGCGCUGGUUCCGCUGGCCGACAGCCGGAACGACACCCCGAUACUGGACAUGCUGGCCGGCCUGUGUGGGGUCCACUUUAGGCAGUCACCGCAGCUUUCGGACGCCAUCUGCGAACGCUGCCUGACCAAGCUCGAGGUGGCUCACGCGGUGGCGCAGGAAUUCCGAGACCGGGAAAUGCUGCUGCGAAGUGUGUGGGGGACGGAGGGUUGGCUGGUGCUGCUGGAGGAGUAUCGGAUCGGCGACAGGGAGGAACCACGGUCGGAGCGGUUGCUGGGCAGUUUGAUUGCUGGUUUGGGGGGUCAGCAGGAGGGGGGAACGGAAGAGAUCGUUGAGGAGAAAGAGGAGACGAUAGUUCCAGCUCCACCUUCGGAAUCUGUGGUGAAAGAGGAACUGAUAAUCGAGGACAAAUUGAACACUCCCUGUGAGGACAAACCGGGUGAUCAGCAAGAAGGGGGAGAACUUGUGCCCGAGGAAGAACUCGACGUCAAACUGCUCAAACUAUACCGAUGCAAGGAGUGCCACAGACCGUUUCGCAGCCAUAAUGCCUACAGAAAUCAUCUCCGGAAGCACGAGCAAAUCCGGCAGCACUGGCUGCUCACUUGCAGCCAGGAGCAGAAGCGAACCUGUGCGUACUGUAAGCGCGAAUUUCCGGAAUCCAUCAGCUUUCAGCGCCACGUGGCGUGGCACAAACGAAGAGGUUUGCGCUGCUGUAAAACCUGUGGUGAGCACCACGCAACGGCGGAAUCAUUGAAAAAUCACGUUUGUCCUUACGCUUCGGGGAAAAGGUCGAAACCUGCACGAUUACUAUUUCGCUGCGACGAGUGUGGCAAAAGGUUCUUGUCCAAAAAACACUACCAAGUUCACUUGGAAAGGCAUGAAAACCUCCGGAACGGGACGUUCAAGUGCGAUGUUUGUUCUAAGUGUUUAGCUACAAAGUUUCUCCUGCGUAAACAUAUGAGCGAACACAGAGGCUCUCCAGAGUACUCAAAAGAGUGCGAGGAGUGCGGCCAAGUGUUGACCACCCCCAAUGCCUAUCAGUGUCAUAAACAUAGACACAAAAAAGACCAAAAUGGGUCUUUCCACUGUGCCAAGUGUAAAAAGAACUUUGCGACUCCAGCGCGUCUGGCUAGUCACCGUUUUAGAGUACACAAAGGCCUUCCAGAGUACAGGAGAGAGUGCGAGGAGUGCGGCCAAGUAUUGACCUCCGUCAAUGCGUAUCAAUGUCAUGUUUAUAGACACAAAAAAGACCAAAACGGGUCAUUUCACUGUGCCAAGUGUGAAAAGAACUUUGCAACUUUAGCGCGUCUAGCUAAUCACAAAUGCGAUGCCCAUGAGCCAGCGAUUGAAGCAGAGAUAUCGGCCGAGCCCGCGUUAAAGGAAGAACCAAUCACGGAAGAUGAUCCCUCAUCUUCAGGUCAGCCGUCCAACGAACUCCUGUUUUUCGAGGACAACUCCCUAGCAACAGUCAAAGAUGAACCGCUUGAAGAAAAUGACUGCGAGCUCGAAUUACCACCGGCGGAAUCGCCCGUAUCGGCCAAAGGAAACAGCGGCGGCCAGUUCGAGUGCGCAGAGUGUGGCAAGCGGUUCUCCAGGGAGAAUCACUACCAGAGCCACCUGGAAAAGCACGAAAACAUCCGGAAGGGCAAGUUCCAGUGCGAUAUUUGUCAACAGUUCCUAGGCGGACAGCGCGCCCUGUGGCACCACAAGCGGAACAGCCACAAAGAGAUGCCGAAAUGGAUGCAAAACUGCGCGGAGUGUGGGCGCGUGUUUUCCAGCGAGAACAGCUACCACUGUCAUAUGACGCGGCACAGGAACGUACAGAGCGGACGUUACCGGUGCGAGGCGUGUGGGAAGUGUAUGUCACAUCAUAGCGAUUUUAAGAGGCACAAAUGCACGGCUCAACGUGAGAAUAAAUGAUUCUAAGUAUUUAACCAGCAAACAUUUAAUGUGAUUAAAGCGGACUAAAAGUUGAUUUCAUUA